ACGUAAUUUCCAGAACCUCAAGGAUUCAAUUGUAAUUCUCUAAAUUCUUGGUUUUUCCCUUAAAUCUAGCGCGACGUCUUGCUUUUCUAAUCCAAAAUUCACACACAUAGAUUUCGUGUUCUUUGCGAUCUCCGUUGCUGUUGUCUCCGAGAGAGAAUCAUUUGCACGCCACCAUCACCAUGUCUGCUGAAUCCGCCUCUGCAACUCAGAAAACCCUAGCGGAUCUUCUCGACUUCGUAGACUGGUCGGGAGUCGAAUGCCUCAAUCAAAGCACUAGUCACUCUCUUGCCAAUGCCCUUAAACAGGGCUAUAGAGAAGAUGAAGGUUUGAAUCUCGAAAGUGAUGCAGAUGAGCAGCUUCUGAUUUAUAUACCUUUUACCCAAGUGAUUAAACUGCAUUCUAUUGCCAUCAAUGGACCUGAAGAUGAAGGUCCUAAAACUGUGAAACUUUACGCUAACAGGGAACACAUGGGAUUUAGCAAUGUCAACGACUUUCCUCCAAGUGACACAGCUGUUCUAUCCCCGGAAAAUCUGCAGGGUAAACCUGUAGUCUUGAAAUAUGUGAAGUUUCAAAAUGUUCGCAGCUUGACUAUUUUUGUCGAGGACAAUCAGUCUGGGUCUGACGUUACGAAAAUUCAAAAGAUUGUCCUUUAUGGAACAACGGUGGAAACAACAGAUAUGAAAGGUUUGAAGAAGAUUGAAGAUCACUAGCCCGAAUUACAAAUAAAAGAGGGAAAAUAGAAUGAGGGAUAGCUUCAUGUGCACUCAUUUUGAUUAUCCUAAAAAACACGCCUGUAUCCCGUUCGAAUCAUUUAAAGUUGUCUUUGAAAUCGUCUCGUCUGUUUUCAUUCUAAAAUUCUUAACUUUUCAGAAUUUACUCUCCUUAUUCAUAUAUACAACCAUCCGCAUUGUGGCA